AUGCGAGAACAUGGUACCAAAAAGGACACGACGAGCCCUGAGCUGCGUGUCCAUGGCAAGCCAGAAAACGCGUCUUUCCAGGUGAUAGUGCUGGGCUCAAAUGGUGGACCUCGCGAAGAUAAUAUCUCCGGCCUUCUUGUGCGAUCACCACAGUCAGAAUGGCGAAAAGGUUCGGUGAUAGCGGUCGAUGCUGGCGCGCACCUGGCUAGCAUUACCCGCAUACUCGAACGUGACAUGCCCCGUUCCUCCGAGAAGCUGCCCGCUGCAGACCACAAGACAGUACUUAAGCAUGGACCUUUUGCCGGGAUCAAGUUCCCGAAUAUAUCAGCAAAGGCAAAUGCGCUUUAUAUCUUUCGCGAACUCCUCCAUUCCGUGCUCAUCACGCAUCCACAUCUUGACCACCUUGCGGGGAUCGCCAUAAACACUCCUGCGCUUGAAUAUGGACGGGAGGCCAAGGCCAUUGUCGCCCUUCCCUCAACAAUCGAUGCCAUCAAAAAUCACAUUUUCAACGACUGGAUCUGGCCGAAUCUGUCGGACGAAGGUCAUGGUGUGGGCUUUGUCACUUACAGGCGGCUGAUCGAGGGUGGCAAUCCCAGACUAGGUGCUGGACAGGCUCGUGGCUACGUCAAUGUUUGCGAUGGCCUCGCGACCAAGUGCUGGAGCGUUUCCCAUGGCAAAUGUCACCGUAGGAGUCAUAGCCUGGCGCACCAGAGGGGCGACUCCUUCGGCUGGGCCGCUAAUGACUACAGCUUCCCCGCAAGACGAAUGUCACGUAUCUCGGACCAUGACCAUGGUUAUUUUGCGGCAGUUGCGCACCAACAAGUGCACAAUGCUGGAGCCUACACACCGAUUGCCGGUAGUACACAACCAGGCCCACCUACACCCGGGGCGCACGCCGGUCAACCGAGUAGUGCGAUAGAUGGAGGGCAUAUGUUUGAGCCCGUAUCUAGUUCUGCUUUCUUCAUCAGAAACGAUGAUACGGGAGACGAAUUGUUAAUAUUCGGCGACACCGAACCAGACUCGGUAAGUCUGUCACCUCGGAACCACAUUGUGUGGGAAGACGCAGCAGCGAAAAUUGUUUCGGGUAACCUGAAAGCUAUUUUCAUUGAGUGUUCGUACGACGACAGUGUCCGGGACUCGGACCUGUAUGGCCACCUGUGCCCAAGACAUCUCAUUGCAGAGCUGAGAUGGCUAGCGAAUCUCGUCAUCAGCGCCAAAAAGCACGUUGGUUCUACUCUCAAGGAGGACGGUGAGACGUCAUUUGUUUCCCCUGCUCCAGAACUCCAUCUCCCUAGUGCAGAUGCAAAGCGGAAGAGGAAGCGCGGGGUCAACGGGGAUCUCUCGGCCACCCCAGAAACGGCAUCAGCAGAAUUUGCGAUGCCACUAUCACCGCGACCUUUGCAAAGCGGGUAUGUUGGCACCCGAGCGGGAUCUGGCACCCGGCGCAAGACGUCGCACGUGUCCAUGCCAGAAACCAAAUCAGCUACAGGUGACCGGACAGACACGCCGCAGCGCGGACGGUCGGUGCAGUCCUCGGGCUCGGGCCCGUCAAUGAACGUGCCAGCCGGCGCUGCUGGCCUUGGGGUUGGCCAUCCACCAAACCUAUCUACAUCAGGUGUACCAUCAAUCCCAUCGCAGAAGUUGGAUGAGCCCUUGAAGGGCUUGAGUGUUCACAUUAUUCAUGUCAAAGAAUCUAUGAUGGACGGGCCCGCGCCGGGGACUGUGAUCCUGGAGCAGCUCAGGGCGCAGUCGGCCGAUGCUGGCUUGGGAGUUGUGUUCGAUGUCACGGAUUGUGGAGAGAGCAUUUGGAUUUGA